AAAAAAAACAAAAAUUUUGUCCAUUGUUCAUUCUUUUUCUUUGUGGGUAUCCAAUGGAUAUAAUAAUAUUUUGCUCCAAAUUAAUUAUUACAAGUUAUUAAAAUUGUGACCAAUUACUUACGACAAUGGAUGUGGACGAUUCUGCUGUGGACUUAAGUGUCAGGUCGUUACCACCUGAAUUGAGUGAACUCAGGGCACUGACAGCAAGUGGUCUAACAAUAACACCAGCCCAACCUCCUCCUCAUGGCGCGAGUGGUCGUCGCGUGUUGCGGCCGCGCUCCGAACAGCGCAGUUAUGCGGAGAGCCCCGACAUCGUAUUGUUGCCGGCUGCUCCCCCGCAUCGCAAGCCCUCUAUUCCCACACCAGCGCCUUUCACAGAUGUGAGCAGCAAACUGAACGCAAGCGCAGUGAACGUAUCAAUAACUCCCAGCUCAGUGCCGAUCGCACCAGAGUCACCGCGCGAUCCUCGAGACGAAGAAGACUCGGAAGAUGACGAGAAUGAACCACCGCUACCGCUUCUUGGGCAUAAAGAGUUGUCAAGCGCUGAGAUAUGGGAGAGGGAGCGUCGCAUGCGCGCGCUCCGCGAGAAGCUUCGCGCCGAAGAGACGCGUCUGGUGCUGCUGAGGAAGAUCCGGCAGUCGCAGCAGGCCACUGGCUUGCCGCCGGCCAAGGAGGCGUCGUCGGGCACGGCGCUGGCAGGCAGCGGCUGCGUGGUGCCGCCCGGCGUCACCGUUACGCCCGCCCCGCCGCCCGCCCACCAGCACACUAAGCGUACGAGCAACGCGAGCGGCGCGGUCAACAGCGCGGCGAGCGGCUCCUCGCGCCGCUCGUCGAGCCUGCCCGGCGGCGCCACGCUCACGCCCGGGCCCUACCGCUCACAGUCGUCAAGCAGCGGCGGCGCUAGCAUCACACCCUCUGUGACCAUCACUCCAGCACCGCCUCCAGCUUCACAACAUGUCUCCAAGCCUGCUCAGGAUAAUUCGUCUGUCACGAGUAGUACUAGCGAUGCCGCAAGCUCUCGCAGCUCGGAGGAGGCGCAGACGCCGGCACAGCGGCAAGCGGCUGCCAAGCUGGCGCUACGCAAGCAGCUCGAGAAGACGCUCCUGCAGAUCCCGCCCCCGAAACCACCGCCACCUGAGAUGAACUUCAUCCCAUCGCCGAGCAACACGGACUUCGUGUACCUCGUGGGCCUUGAGCAUGUCGUCGAUUACAUUACCAAUGAGGACCGCAUGCCGCGGUCGACUGUGCCGGCGGUGUGUGCGCAGUGCGGAUGCGAUUUCACCCCCGUGUGGCGGUGGGAGCGCGCGGCACCGCACGCCCGCCGUCCGGACGCAACAUUUGCACCCGCUCCCGCGCCCGCUUCCGCUAGCGCUUCUGCUGCACGUCGCCUCUGCGAGCUGUGCGUCUCUGGGAACGUCAAGCGCGCGCUCAAGGCGGAGCACACGGCGCGGCUGAAGACGGCGUUCGUGCGCGCGCUGCAGCAGGAGCAGGAGAUAGAGCGGCGGCUCGCGGCGCCCGGCUCGCCGCCGCCCGCGCCGCGCACGCCGCCCGCGCACGCCGCCGCGCACCCCGCCGCGCACCCCGCCGCGCACCCCGCCGCGCACGCGCCCGCGCACGCGCCCGCGCACGCGCCCGCCGCCGCGCCGCCGCCCGCGCACUCGCACCGCAUACAGAUGUCAGUGUCGCGCGGCGGCAGCGGGCGCGCGGCGGCGCCGUCCCCCGCGCCGCCCGCGCACCCCGCGCCCGCGCCGCCCGCCGCCAAGCCCACCGCGCCGCCGCCCAGGUCGUCAUCGUCAGAGCUACGUGGCCAUCAUGCGGACCGCUCCCGUGACUCCGAGGUGCCCGCCAAGAAAGGUAAAGGGUCUUCCUCGAGUGGAACCAGCCAGGGUAGCAGCAGCAGCAAGCACCAGCAAAUGGCGGCCGCGGCAGCCGCGCAAAUGGCGUUCGAGCAGCACAGCGCGGCUGCAAUGCAGGCAUUACAACAUCAACUACUUAGAAGUCUUGGCGGUGGCGGCGGCGCAGGUGGUAUGUCGUCGGCGGCGACGGCGGCGGCCAUGAUGCAGUUCUCGCCGCUGCUCUACACUUACCAGCUAGCCAUGGCGCAGGCCUCCGCGCUAGGUAAGCGCUCGGGCAAGGGCGGCAGUAGUGGCAACAAUGCGGCCAUGGCGGCCGAGAUGCAGCGCAUGGCUGAGGCGCACCGCCAGUACCUGCUCGACAUGAUCCCCGGCCAGCACUCGCGCAAUCCCUGGCCGCAGAAGUGAGCACGCAUCAUCGCCAGAUGCGAGCGCAUAGCAGUAUAAUGCAUUUCGGAAGAGGAUAAUAAAUAUAAUAGUAAUAAUUAUUCUAAGCUAGGUAGACAAUAGCCUGUAAGAUGAUUUUCGAACAUUUUUAACAAUAGAUCGGAUUAUGCACCAUCUUAAACGAAUACGUAAUACGUAAAUCAUAUAAAAAGUAAGUUUUAUAGUAAUAUAAGUUAAAGUGUGUGCGUAAUAUUAAGGAUAAUUUGAUUUUAUAUGACAGUUUUAAAUAAUAUUAAAUAACAUUAUAAA